AUGAACGCCGCAUACGAUCACUUUUCAGAGAACCUCGAUAAGCCGUUCGACUUUGUCAAGGAGGCCUUACAACUUAACCCCAUGCCUCACGACUCUCAGGGCCAUAUGCUACACCUUGUACUCGCCGUUCGCAACGGAAUGAGUAGUAUGGGAUAUCCCAACACCGAGCGCCAGCUCCUGAAGAAGGUGAAGUCCCUACUCGCAUCCUGGAUGCCACUUGUUAUCACUCGGAACAAUCUCACAGGGACAAUCAAGGACCUCUUGAAUAGCACGUUUCGCAAACCAGCGAGAAUGGCUUUUGAAGAGCUCUGUGACAAAUGGCUACCUUGUGGCUUUGAAUGCAACGGCUAUACGUGCUGCAACGUCCGAUUUGCCCAUGUUAAGGGUCACCAGGCCUCGAAUGGCAAAAUAUUUCAGAAGGGGCCAUAUCAGCAAAGCAUCACUGACGACCAGUUCGAGGGGUGGUUUAAUGGAAUCGGUGCAGAGCUGAAGAAGAUGAUGGAAGAGCUCCUACGUGCCGGAAGCAAAAAGGACAAUGCUUGGGGUAAGCAUCUUCAGCGCUUGGAGCGGGUUUAUGACGACAACUCAAAGCUCUCCCACUCGGAAAAUGUGAGCCACGGGACUUGUUUUUGCUGCAUCAACAACGUUCCAGAGCAUGUCUUGCCUUGCGGGCAUAUUUUGUGCACCGAGUGUGUUAGCGCCCUUGGUGAUCAUAAAGAACGGGACAUCAUGCUCGUCAGAUAUUGCCCCUUUCGCCGCCACACGCAUAAUUGA